AUGCAGCACCAACGUGCAGGUACUCGGAAACGUGGACUUCCAGCUCCACAAUGGGAUGGUGUGCAUACACACAUUGAGAGACUCCACCUCGAGGACGAUAUGUCUCGGGCUAAGGUCGCGCUUACAAUGGAGUUCAAAUACGGUUCCAAAGCGAAGUAUCGGCUUCCUCCCUCUAAUGAAUAUGUCUGGUGGGUUGGCCAGACCCUCCAGGUACAAAAAGCGCUAAAGCGCUUGAGAAAGUGGCACACCCGCAAGUAUGGCCUUGAACAUGAAGACAUAGAGGCCUUCAAGCAAAUGUUUGGCAACGAAGAUCAAAGCGCACGUUCAACCAUGAUGCUGAGCAGUGGCCGAAUCAUAGACAACAAAUAUAGGGCGCUGUAUGCCACCCGCAAUUACGCAGCCGGAAAAUCUGAGAGUAGUCCAGCCCUCCUCGGAGCAACACAGCCGUGA